AUGAGCAUUCGGAUGGUAUUUUGUGAUUCCUCCUCUCCAGUAUUCUGGAGAAGAACUGCAGAAAUCCAGGUUCUCACAAAGAGAAAAUUGAGGUUUCAAGAGCUGAAGGAAGUUGAGAAACUUAUUCAUCAAAUGGACGAGCUGAAUGAUGAGCUGCUAAAGAAGAUCACAAACAAUAAAAUUCAGCCUCCCCAGAGGAAUUUCAAAGUGGAAAAGCCUCAGCAAGUUUUUGUGCCCCUCACCUUCGAAUCCAGCACUGAAGAAGUCAAAGCUUGGCUGGAGGCAAAGUCAUUCAGCAAAGAGACAGUGGAGCACCUUGGCAUCCUUACUGGAGCUCAGCUCUUCUCCCUCAACAGAGAGGAGCUGAAGAAAGUGUGUGGUGAUGAGGGAAACAGAGUAUACAGUAAAAUCACAGUGGAGAAGAACCAACUGGAGAAAAGCAGAGGGGAGUCAGAGCUCCAAGAAAUCAUGAAGCGUCGCCAGGAAAGGAUUGAUUCUGCUAAUUAAAAUCUAUCUGCUUUAUUUCAGCUAUUAGUCAUAGUAGUGCAGAACCAGGGAAUGAAAGCAAUGAUCCCCAGUCCAGGCAAGAGCCAGCAGGGCUCCACACUUGCUGUAAUUGCCAUCAAAGUGACAAUUCCUUGAACACUGUUGAUGAGGGUUGACAAUAAGACCAUGUCCCAUUGGGAAAGGUGUUUUAAUAUUGCAUGAAGUUGGGUUUUUUUUAUAUAUAUAUAUAACUAUAUAUUUUAUACUGAAAUUUUAUGUGCAUGCGAUCAG